ACAAAGUGUUAUAAAAAAACUUCAAAAGAAACGGUAAAGGAGGGUCAUAUUGUUAAAAAUAAAAUUGAAUUAACCGUACAAUCCUUACUAAACCUCCAACGAACACACUUUGUUCUGAAUGAUUUGUAUAAAAUAUUUGGAAUUUAUAUUUUUGGAAAAAGCUACUUGUUUGAUAAAUGGAAAUGGAUAAUAUAUGAAUUGUGACAAGAUAUUUACUUUAAAAUAUUUUAAGUGAGUAUGCCUUAUUGUAUGCCGGUUACUUCUAUGACAUCAUUAACCCUGGAGGCUAUAGCAGGAAGAGAAGAAGACGCUGUUGUCGUCGACUAUAUCCUUAAAGCCUCGUCUUCAGCCGGAGAGAUACAGAGUUCAGACCUGAAGUAUGGCUUUGAUGAACUUUGUCCUGUCUGUGGAGACAAAGUGUCUGGUUAUCACUAUGGACUUCUCACUUGUGAAAGCUGUAAAGGAUUUUUCAAGCGUACAGUACAAAACAAGAAAGUGUAUUCCUGCGUAGACAAUAGGAGCUGUCACAUUGACAAGUGUCAAAGAAAACGGUGUCCAUACUGUCGAUUUCAGAAAUGUCUCAAUGUUGGCAUGAAACUGGAAGCUGUAAGAACAGACCGCAUGCGAGGAGGACGGAACAAAUUUGGACCCAUGUACAAGCGAGAUAGAGCCCUUAAACAACAAGCGCUUCGACAACAGCAGCAGAUGUUGGCAACCUGCCAGAUGCGUCUUGCUAAUGGCAUAGUAGAUCAAUUCUCUAUGACGAACGGUGGAGAUCCACCGGACAUCAAACCUGACCCAGCAUUUCUCAUGUCAGUCGCAAACAGCCUUGGCUAUGGCAUGAAUAAUAAUAUGAAUAAUGACCUCAGUCAACCGCACACUCCGGCAACAUCGCCAGCCGGAUCUGGGAUUCCGUCGCCAACCGUGUCUGAUAACUCGCCGCACGAUUUACGCCUGUCUGCCCCUGCAUCUACUCUAUCACAUUCACAAGGACAUAUAAAUACAAACUCUCAGGGAAUGUAUUCCAGCACAGGGAACUAUUUCCCAUCUGCGGGUAAUAUGGCUCCUGGAGGGUACAAUUCAUAUUACCAAGCAGUACCGCAUCCCUCAAGUAUGCCUUUAUUACCGCAGUUGGUGGUAGAUUUAAAAGCUAGUGCAUUAGAUGAACGAGAAAUGAAAAAUAAACUAUUGUCAUUUGUGGACACAGAAUUUGGUACAAAUGAAAUCAACAGUGAAAAUUACCUGUCUAAAUUACUACAAUUGUUGUGUAGACUCUCUGAUCAGCUGUUGUUCCUGAUGGUGGAGUGGGCAAGGACGUCCGUAUUCUUUAGAGAAUUGAAGGUUGAAGAUCAGAUGAAGCUGUUACAGAAUUGUUGGAGUGAAAUAUUGAUACUUGACCUUGCUCAUCGUCUUCUAAGACAAACCUGGUCCGGAGAACUCAUUUUGGCGAAUGGUCACAAGUUAAGCCUAGAUUGUUUAGAGGACUUAGGCAUACCAGACAUAAAGGAUCGGAUACUAGAUAUUGUUCGUAAAAUGAAAGAACUCAAGAUUGAUGACAACGAAUAUACGUGCCUCAAAUUUCUUAUUCUUUUGAAUCCAGAUGUGGCCAAUAUAGAUAGCCAGGAAUUUGUAGAGAGUUGUCAGGAGAAGGUUCAAGCCGUCCUUAUGGAAUAUUGUGUCAAUUUUUACCCCAAUGUCAAGGACAAGUUCAGCCAAGUGUUGCUACGGUUACCGGAUAUCAAGUUAGCGAGUAUGUGUGGGGAAGAGUUCCUAUAUAGUAAACAUUUAUCUGGAGAACUUCCUGAGCAUACGCUGUUGAUGGAAAUGCUUCACUCAAAGAAGAAAUAGUUCAAAAUUUUAUCUAGGUCUAAGUUUAUGUACUAUUUUGAAAAGUGCUAUAUGAGAGAGAUAGGGGAACUUCCCCCCAGAAGAAGGUUGUUAGCAGUUACAUGGAAGACAUGGAACAAGACUUUGUGAAUGAUGGAAGGAUACUUGUGCAUUAGUCAAAAAGCUUCAUUAUACUUCCAUGUUUCUUUAAUUGAAAUAUAGAUGAGCUGUGCCAUGAGAAAACCAACAUAGUGGCUUUGCGACCAGCAUGGAUCCAGACCAGCCUGCGCAUCCACGCAGUCUGGUCAGGAUCCAUGCUGUCUGCUUUCAAAGCCUAAUGGAAUUAGAGAAACAAAUAGCAGACAGCAUGGAUCCUGACCAGACUGCGCAGAUGCGCAGGCUGGUCUGGAUCCAUGCUGGUUGCAAAUUCACUAUGUUGGUUUUCUCAUGGCGCGGCUCAGAUAUUUUGGCCUUAAAACCAAAAUGUUAUUACUUGUUAUAAGGUUAUAUCAGUCGUCAAUGAUAAAUUGUUGGUAAGAUGGGUAGCAUCUGGUAUUUCAAAGUGUCACCAUGUAUUAAAUUGUUUUUUUUUAGAAAAAAAAGUAAUAAAAAUUGUAAUCACUUGGCUACUUGCACUGUGAUAUCCUUCAAGUGUGUUCAGUCAGUAGUUUGGAAGAACUACUUAGGUAAAAGAAAUCAAGAAAGAAACUGGUAAGGAACCUAGUGACAAUUUUCCAUCAGACUUAGUCGUAUACUGUAUAUAGUUGCAAGCAUAUUGUGGUGUUUCUUAACAAAAAGAUCUGUAUCUAAGUGACUGAAAUUAAGUUGAUUUUUAGCUCACCUGUCACAAAGUGACAAGGUGAGCUUUUGUGAUCGCGCAGGGUCCGUCAGUCCGUGCGUAAACUUUUGCUUGUGACCACUCUAGAGGUCACAUUUUUCAUGGGGUCUUUAUGAAAAUUGGUCAGAAUGUUCACCUUAAUGAUAUCUAGGUCAAGUUCGAAACUGGGUCACGUGCGGUCAAAAACAAGGUCAGUAGGUCUAAAAAUAGAAAAACCUUGUGACCUCUCUAGAGGCCAUAUAUUUCACAAGAUCUUCAUGAAAAUUAGUCAGAAUGUUAACCUUGAUGAUAUCUAGGUCAAGUUUGAAACUGGGUUACUUGCCAUCAAAAACUAGAUCAGUAGGUCAAAUAAGAGAAAAACCUUGUGACCACUUUAGAGGUCACAUUUUUCAUGGAGUCUUUAUGAAAAUUAGUCAGAAUGUUCACCUUGAUGAUAUCUAGGUCAAGUUCGAAACUGGGUCACGUGCAGUCAAAAACUAGGUCAGUAGGUCUAAAAAUAGAAAAACCUUGUGACCUCUCUAGAGGCCAUAUAUUUCACAAGAUCUUCAUGAAAAUUGGUCAGAAUGUUUACCUUGAUGAUAUCUAGGUCAAGUUUGAAAUUGGGUCACGUGCCAUCAAAAACUAGGUCAGUAGGUCAAAUAAUAGAAAAACCUUGUGACCUCUCUAAAGGCCAUAUUUUUCAUGGGAUAUGUAUGAAAGUUGGUCUGAAUGUUCAUCUUGAUAAUAUCUAGGUCAAGUUCGAAACUGGGUCACGUGCAGUCAAAAACUAGGUCAGUCGGUCUAAAAAUAGAAAAACCUUGUGACCUCUUUAGAGGCCAUACUUUUGAAUGGAUCUUCAUAAAAAUUGGUCAGAAUGUACAUCAUGAUGAUAUCUAGGUCAAGUUCGAAACUGGGUCAUGUGCCGUCAAAAAGUAGGUCAGUAGGUCAAAUAAUGAGAAAACCUUUUGACCUCUCUAGAGGCCAUAUUUUUCAUGGGAUGUGUAUGAAAGUUGGUCUGACUGUUCAUCUUGAUGAUAUAUAGGUCAAGUUUGAAACUGGUUCAACUGCGGUCAAAAACAAAAACUAGGUCAGUAGGUCUAAAAUUAGAAAAAUCUUUUGACCUCUCUAGAAGCCAUAUAUUUCAAUAGAUCUUCAUGAAAAUUGGUCUGAAUGUUCACUUUGAUGGUAUCUAGGUCAUUUUCGAAACUGGGUCACACGUAGUCAAAAACUAGGCCAGUAGGUAUAAAAAUAGAAAAACCUUGUGACCUCUGUAGAGGCCAUAUUUUUCACGAGAUCUUCAUGAAAAUUAGUGAGAAUGUUCACCUUGAUGAUAUCUAGGUCAGGUUCAAAAACAGGGUCACGUACCUUUGAAAACUAGGUCAAUAGGUCAAAUAAUAGAAAAACCUUGUGACCUCUCUAGAGGCCAUAUUUUUCAAUGGAUCUUCAUGAAAAUUGGUCAGAAUUUUUAUCUUGAUGAUAUCUAGGUCAAAUUCAAAACUGGGUCACAUGAGCUGAAAAACUAGGUCACUAUGUCAAAUAAUAGAAAAAACGACGUCAUACUCAAAACUGGGUCAUGUGGGAACAGGUGAGUGAUUCAGGACCAUCAUGGUCCUCUUGUUUUUGACAAGUGUUGCAAUAGUCCAUGCAUUGCUCUUUUAAGUCUUAGAUCAUGACAUAAUAGAGCAUUCGACAUGUAUGAUCUUUAAUUUUGAAAUGAAGAUUGAGAAAAGCACUGUUUAAGUGAGUGACUUGGUCAAGUAUGAAAUUAGAACAUUGUGUAUUUCUUGUUAUUAAGUGCUUACAGUGUAUCGGGUCAAACUUUUACUCCAAAGCCAAAUUAGCAUAGUGAACUGCCUAGUUAAUUUAUCCAGGGAAUGUGAAGGCACAUUUUAGAGGAAUGAACUAUGAAUUUUGUUAGCUCACCUGUCAUAAAGUGACAAGGUGAGCUUUUGUGAUUGCGCACCGUCCGUCGUCCAUGCAUCUGUGCUUAAACUUUUGCUUGUGACCACUCUAGAGGUCACAUUUUUCAUUGGGGCUUUAUGAAAAUUGGUCAGAAUAUUCAACUUGAUGAUAUCUAGGUUAAGUUCGAAACUGGGUCAACUGCAUUCAAAAACUAGGUCAGUAGGUCUAAAAAUAGAAAAACCUUGUGACCUCUCUAGAGGCCAUAUAUUUCAAAAGAUCUUCAUGAAAAUUGGUCAGAAUGUUGACCUUGAUGAUAUCUAGGUCAAGUUCGAAACUGGGUCACGUGCCCUCAAAAACAAGGUCAGUAGGUCAAAUAAUAGAAAAACCUUGUGACCUAUCUAAAGGCCAUAUUUUUCAUGGGAUCUGUAUGCAAGUUGGUCUGAAUGUUAGUCUUGAUAUCUAGGUCAAGUUCAAAACUGGGUUAUGUGCGGUCAAAAACUAGGUCAGUAGGUCUUAAAAUAAGAAAACCUUGUGACCUCUCUAAAGGCCAUAUUUAAUGGAUCUUCAUAAAAAUAGGUCAGAAUGUUCGUCUUGAUGAUAUCUAGGUCAAGAUCGAAAGUGGGUCACAUGCCGUCAAAAAGUAGGUCAGUAGGUCAAAUAAUGAAAAAAUGUUUUUACCUCUCUAGAGGCCAUAUUUUUCACGGGAUCUGUAUUAAAGUUGGUCUGAAUGUUCAUCUUGAUGAUAUAUAGGUCAAGUUUGAAACUGGGUCAGCUUUGAUCAAAAACUAGGUCAGUAGGUCUUAAAAUAGAAAAACCUUUUGACCUCUCUAGAGGCCAUGCGCUUGAAUGGAUCUUCAUGAAAAUUGGUCAGAAUGUUCAUCUUGAUGAUAUCUAGGUCAGGUUUGAAACUGGGUCACGUGCCAUCAAAAACUAGGUCAGUAGGUCAAAUAAUAAGAAAACCAUGUGACCUCUCUAGAGGCCAUAUUUUUCAUGGGAUCUGUAUGAAAGCUAGUCUGAAUGUUCAUCUUUAUGAUAUCUAGGUCAAGUUCGAAACUGGGUCAACUGCGGUCAAAAACUAGGUCAGUAGGUUUAAAAAUAGGAAAACCUUGUGACCUCUCUAGAGACCAUAAUUUUGAAUGGAUCUUCAUGAAAAUUAGUCAGAUGUUCAUCUUGAUGAUAUCUAGGUCAAGUUUGAAACUGGGUCAACUGCGGUCAAAAACUAGGUCAGUAGGUCUAAAGAUAUAAAAACCUUGAGACCUCUCUAUUUGGUCAGAAUGUACACCUUAAUGAUAUCUAGGACAAAUUCAAAACUGGGUCACGUGCCAUCAUUAACUACGUCAGUAGGUCAAAUAAUAAAAAACCUUAUGACCUCUCUAGAGGCCAUAUUUUUCAAUGGAUCUACAUGAAAAUUGGUCAGAAUUUUUAUCUUGAUGAUAUCUAAGUCAGGUUCAAAACUGGGUCACAUGAGCUCAAAAACUCAGUCACUAUGUCAAAUAAUAGAAAAAAUGACGUCAUACUCGGUUUAAAACUGGGUCAUGUGGGUACAGGUGAGCGAUUCAGGACCAUCAUGGUCCUCUUGUUUUUGAUAUUUAUAAGAUUGAAAUACUUACUAGAGGCAGAUUGUUGUAGAGAUCUUUUCUUAUCUGAGAAGGUUAUAGAGGAAAAGUUUUCAUAAGUCCUACCUCAUAGAAUGCAACAUGGGGUUGGAGGUUUUGGGUUGGAGGUUCUGCUAGAGGUAUUGGUUGAUUGAGGUUUGACCUAUACUGCUGUAGUGUACAAUGAAUAGGGCUCACAUGCAUUACAAUCGUAUUAUAUACAUCAUUAUUUAUGUUAACUGGAUAUCAUUGUAGAUUAUGAAUUGUUAUAAUAGAUUUGUUUAUGCUCAUUUGAAAAAUGGGACAUAUUGUUGAUGCUAGAAAAAACAGCAGUGUUUAAGGUUUAAGUACAUUAGUGUAUACUUGAAAUGCAAGGAAAAGUUUAGUUAAAAAUGUUUUAUCAAAAUUGAUUGAAUGUGUAAUAUAUCUCGAAUUGACAAUUGUUACCAUUGAUACCUUGUAUAGUAGGUUUUAAAUUAACUUACUUAGAAAUUUCUAAGUAAGUUAAACUUAUAUCAAAUUGCGUUAAAAUUUCUUCUAAUUGCAAAUGAUUUAGGCCCUUCAGAAUCGAUAUUUAUUCACUGUGACUCCAUUUUUUGAAAAGAAAACUCAGUUGAAGCCAAAUGCUUUGUCCGUGGAAAUUAGAGAUUUCGAGUCUCAGUUUUACAUUAAUUCUUUUCAAGUGGACUAAAGAGAAUGACUAUGAAGCUUAAACCUGAAAUGCUGUUUGAUUUUUAACAAAUGUUGCAUACGCUUUUGAAAUAAUAGGCUAAUAGGCAAAAUAAUUUUACUGUGUAUAUGUCAUUUAAAUGAGCUCGGCUAUUAGACGCUGCCUGUUUUGUUUGAAAAUUUAGUUCGAACCAGAUGUAAGGAUUGCGUUGACCAGGGAAUUUGUUGCUCAAAACUUUAAGCAGGUUUUCUUAAAUUAUAUUACAGGGAAUUUUGUCAUUUGCUGUGGGCAUU